AUGGGCAGCGCCCGGUCUCGCCCCCGGCUCCGGCCCCGACCCCGGGCCCGGCCUCGGCCGGCGCUCUGCGCGCUCCUGCUGCUCCUGCUCCUGUUGGCCGCAGCCGUGCCCAGGUCAGAACCAAAUGACAUUCUGGGCCUUCGACUGCCACCAGAGCCUGUGCUGAAUGCCAACACGGUAUGUCUGACAUUGCCAGGCCUGAGCCGACGCCAACUGGAAGUGUGCGUACGUCACCCGGAUGUGGCAGCCUCCGCCAUCCAGGGCAUCCAGAUUGCCAUACAUGAGUGCCAGCAUCAGUUUCGGGACCAGCGCUGGAAUUGCUCCAGCCUGGAGACCCGAAACAAGAUCCCUUACGAAAGCCCCAUCUUCAGCAGAGGCUUCCGAGAGAGUGCCUUUGCCUAUGCCAUCGCAGCAGCUGGUGUGGUCCAUGCCGUGUCCAACGCCUGUGCCCUGGGGAAACUAAGGGCCUGCGGCUGUGAUGAGGCUCGCCGGGGCGAUGAGGAAGCCUUCAGGCAGAAGCUGCACCAGCUCCAGCUGGAUGCUUUACAGAGGGGGAAGGGCAUGAGCCACGGGGUCCCGGAGCAUCCGGCCUUGCCCCCUGCUGCCCCUGGACUCCAGGAUGCCUGGGAGUGGGGGGGCUGCAGCCCAGAUGUCGGCUUUGGAGAGAGGUUCUCCAGGGACUUCUUGGACUCCAGGGAACCACACAGGGAUAUUCAUGCCAGAAUGCGGCUCCAUAAUAACCGUGUUGGGAGGCAGGCAGUCAUGGAGAAUAUGCGCCGGAAGUGUAAAUGCCACGGCACAUCGGGCAGCUGUCAGCUGAAGACCUGCUGGCAGGUGACCCCCGAGUUCCGGGCGGUGGGCUCCCUCCUCCGAGCCCGCUUUCAGCGCGCCACACUGAUCCGGCCCCACAACCGCAAUGGUGGCCAACUGGAAUUUGGCGCGGCUGGGGGCCCCCUCCCCUCCCCGGGCUCGCCCCCAGCUCGCCGGCGAGCCAGUCCCGCAGACCUGGUCUACUUCGAAAAGUCCCCGGAUUUCUGUGAGCGGGAGCCCCGGCUGGACUCGGCGGGCACAGCCGGGAGGCUAUGUAACAAGAGCAGCGCGGGGCCGGACAGCUGCGGAAGCCUCUGCUGCGGGAGAGGGCACAACAUCCUGCGGCAGACGCGCAGUGAGCGGUGCCACUGUCGCUUCCACUGGUGCUGCUUUGUCGUCUGCGAAGAGUGCCGCAUCACCGAGUGGGUCAGCGUCUGCAAGUGACCUCCACGCGCCGUGUCUCCGAGGGUAUCCGACAGACCUGGAGGUGUGAUGGAAAGUUCUGGGGCCCUCCGCAAUCCUCCGUGCAGCCUUGGCAACGUCACUUACUUUCUCUGGGCUUCAGUGUCCUCGUCUGUAGAAUGCAGAGGCUGGGCUACACCACCUCUGAGGUGUCUUCCAGCCUAUGCUUUUUUGGACUCCUCUUUGCAGGCAGCCCAGCUGUUUCCCACACCCCCACCUUGUCACUUAGGAAUCUCGGGACUGAACUCUCACCUUCUGCCAAUCCCAUUCCUUCUUCCUAAACAGCCCCGAUGAUAAAGGGCUCCGAAAGGGGAGUAAUGGGGUGUGCUGAAAUAUGGGGAGGUGCAGAAAUCACUCAGUUCUUCCUACUCUUUCCCUCAAAAAUGUCGUCCCCAGAAAACACUGAUUCUGUUGGGUGGAAUUAAGAGGUUUAUUAAAGAGACAUAGAGACAA